GUACAGUAAUCAAAAGGUUCUAAACAGUACGUGGAAAUAGCCCUCCCUCCCGAAAAGCGAAAAGAAAAGCAGCAAGAAAGCGCUCUCUCGCUCUCUCGACCGUACCUGCGUGAUUCAGGCGCCUCUCUCGCUCUCGCUCGCCCGCCAUGAGUCUCUUCGGUCUGGGCAGGAACCAAAGGACAUUUCGCCCAAAAAAGAGUGCACCUUCUGGGAGUAAGGGGGCUCAGCUAAGAAAACACAUUGAUGCUACACUGGGCAGUGGAAAUCUGAGGGAAGCAGUCAGACUCCCCCCUGGAGAGGAUGCAAAUGAGUGGCUUGCUGUUAACACUGUGGAUUUCUUCAACCAGGUGAAUCUGCUAUAUGGUACCCUCACAGAGUUCUGUACACCUGAAAAUUGUCCUACAAUGACUGCAGGCCCCAAGUAUGAGUAUAGAUGGGCAGAUGGUGUGCAAAUUAAGAAACCUAUUGAAGUUUCUGCUCCAAAAUAUGUUGAAUACUUGAUGGAUUGGAUUGAAUCUCAGCUUGACAAUGAAUCUAUAUUUCCUCAAAGGCUUGGUGCACCAUUUCCUCCUAACUUCAAGGAAGUUGUAAAGACAAUAUUUAAACGUCUGUUCCGUGUAUAUGCCCACAUAUAUCACUCUCACUUCCAGAAGAUUGUGAGUCUUAAGGAGGAGGCCCAUCUAAACACUUGCUUCAAACAUUUCAUUCUAUUUACCUGUGUAAGUCACUUUGGAAACUUACGCUUUCCUUUGCCCUCUGGCUUACUUAGAGUUCCUCUCAUUUAUUUUCAAUUCAAAGAUCCUCUCUUUCUCUUGAGUUCCUUGCAAAAGUUUGAUUAUUAGCAAGCAUUUAGUAAAAAGGUACAAUUUAGCAUUUGCUAACUGUUAAGGAUUACCAAAUGCAAAUUGCUAAAAUACUAAUGGCAACCCCCAAAAGCUUUUCAGACCACUAGACUAAACACCGUGGCAUUUUGAUAGCAGACAUCUUUUGUUGAAUAUUUUGAUAGCGCACAUCUUUUGUUGAAUUUUCUAAACCUUCAAAAUAAUCCUUUGCCAUGUCAUCCAGAUUUUCUGCUUCCCCUUUUGAAAGCUUUUCAUCAACUUUAAAAUUUUUCAGGAUCUAUUUGUUUUUUUAUGUUUUUUGUUUUUGACUCCUAUUUUUGUCAGUGUCAGGUUGAUUCUUCGAACAUUUUUACAAAGGGUGUAUAAAUUAUGAUAAUCGUGCCUUCAAAUUUUUAAUUGUAUUUGGAUUUUGUACAUUUUCUUUCAUUGAUAUUCUUUUUUGAGGGGGCCUACUAGGCGUUUGAACUCCCCUAUACAAACUACAUCUAGGUGGUUCUACAGCAAAUAAAUCAAUCUAAUUUGUUGCUAAUUUGGGUUGUCUAUUUAAGGUGAAAAAAAGAUGAAAAUAGGGUUAGACGUCAAUAUAUGUUAGUGGUCCAUCAGUAGUCUACCAAAAAUUCUUUGGGUGUACCUGUUACACUGAUGUGUAUACGUGGCCGCCAGCCUGCUACUUAUCCACCAUCACAUAUGAGUUUCUUGCUGUCUACCUUGUAAUUUUUGUAUAGCUUUGUGAGAAGAAGGAAUUGAGUUAAAGUUGAUUGUCAAGGUACAGGAUUUCAUCCCCAAACACGGUGCUGCAGAAAUAGCACCAGCCCUUCCUCAUUUGAAAAAUGUGACUUUUUAUUUCAUCUUGCGAUUCUUUCAUUUAGGGUUUUGGUACAUUUACUGGGAAGCAAGACAGAUUCUAUCUACUGGGUGGAAUUUUUCAUGCACAUAACAAUGCGCUUGGACAAUAGUUAGGAUAUUCCAUCUUCAUUUGAUGAAAGAAAUUUGAGAUUCGGCAGGUUAUUUUAGGUUGGUACUCCACUUUGGUGUAGGAAUUUGUGCUGAUUGACAAAAAGGAGUUGGCGCCGCUUCAAGAGCUUAUCGACUCCAUCAUUGCCCCUUACUGAAGUGCUUCUGCAUAAUCCAAGGAAAGUUCGUGUCUGGAAGCAUAGAGAGAUAAACUUGAAUACUGCAUUUUAGCGUUGAUUGAACGGUUUCUCCUGUAAUGCUUGAUAUGAUUAAUAUUGUUCAUGUGCUUUUAGUUUUGAUUUUCUCAACAUAAUCCCCCUUGUGUAGCCAGCAAAUCGGCCUAAGUAGAUGUUUCCCAAAAUGGUACGGAAGUGUAAAUUAUAUAUGUGAUGCUUGGCCAAACAGAUGAAAAAAAAAAAUCUCUGAUUUAGAUUUGAA